GGAGAGAGGAAAGAAGGCUGUGUGGAUCGGAUCAAACGUUUCUUUGCCAAGAUCUUCACGAAUGUAGCGGAGGCGUACGUGGUUAUGAAGCAGCGACGAGGAGACAUCCUGACCAUGCAGGAGCUUGCUCAAGGGCUGGAGGCGCUGGGGGUAGAGGAGAACAUGGGGGCGUUGGAGGCGGAGCUGGCCGGCAGGCGGCUGAUGGAGAGCAGGGAGAUGAGCGCUUACAGCUUCGUCUGCGCGUUCCAGUGGCACGAGAGCAGCGCCUUCGAGGGAGGGCUGUGGGAGUCAGCGAUCAUCGACGCGAGGAGGAACAAGCGGCAGCUGAUGACGAGGCUGCUGCGAACGACGGGGAUCAAGGAGCUAGCUCCUGCUCCUCCUCCUCCUCGCUUCCACGUGCUGCAAUCCAACCUGUUGGCAAGGGUGAGGAGGAGGAAGGACUUUUCCAAGCAGAUAAGGACGAGGAUGCUCAGCGGAGAUCGCAGCAAGGAACGAUCGCAGGGCAUACAGCUUGUGCAUGGAGGACAAGCGUACAAAGGAUGGGAGGAGUACAGGCGCAUGCGACGCUCUACCUCCAGCAGCCCUUGACCUCCUCAGAGUUGCGGCGAGCAGCCUAGAGCUCCUCCUUGGCAGACGCUCUCCUCCUCUAUGAAAUAAACUUGAGGGCACUGCC